AUGGCUCUGUUAAUACCUGGCUUGCUCAAUGAGGUAGCAGAGUUGUGUCUCUCGCGAGUCCCGCGCUCUGAGUUUCGGACCAUUUCUCAGGUGUGCUGGCGAUGGAGGAGAUUCCUCAGAAGCGAGCAUUUUGCGACCGUCCGAAAGAUGACUGGAUCGGUUGAGGAGUUCAUGUGUGUUCUAGUGGAUGAUAUAUACUGGGAAGUUUUCGACGGUUCUGGUAACAAACUGGGACGGAUCCCUCCCGUCCCUGGGCCUUUGAAGUGCGGUCAUGGCCUCAUGGUGCUAGAUGGUAGAAAGAUCGUGUACUUUGGCGGAAAAUAUAAUAUCCGACGACCGGAGGCCCGAGGAUUGAAGGUCCGAGAAUCUGCGUUCUCUAACGCUGUGUCGGCCAAUGUUUACGAGUUCAAUCCUGCUACCAACAGGUGGAGAAAUCUGGCCAAAAUGAACAUACCACGUCACCGCUUUGCAUAUGCUAUAGUAGACGGCCUUUUGUAUGUGAUCCGAGGCUAUUCCGCAGAUGAUGUUAGCAUUCUAAACUCUGAAGUAUACAACCCAAAAAAUAACAAAUGGAGCCUCAUGGAUUGUCCAUACCGUCCCGGCUUUCGUGGCUUCGCAUUCUCCUUCAAUUCAAAACUAUUCGUCGUAGGCAAUGGAUCAAGGUUCAUUGACAUAUAUGAUCCCAAAACGGAGAUAUGGGAAGAGUUAGACUCCGGGCAAAUAUUGUCGGUGUAUUCGUACACUGUUGUUAGGAACAAAGUGUAUUUCUUGAACAUGAACAUGCCCGAAAUGGGAGUGUUUGAUCCAGAGAAGAAUUCUUGGAGAUAUGUGUCUGUGCCUCAGGGUCAUUUUAGGUUAAGUCUAGGGAAAUGGAACAAUAGGAUUAUCCUGUUUUCACAAAUAUAUAGGGCUGUUAGCUGUGACCUUGAAAAAGAGGACGUGGCCGAGUGGAGAUGCACACCGAUUAUACUAUCUGGUUAUGAUGCCACCAGCGUUCUCAUCAGCAUUUGA